AUGCACCGUUCUGCCUCGGGCUCGAGCGACCUCAGCACACUGACCGAGGCUCCCAAGGCGACUUCGACACCGGCCCUGGCGGCUCCUGUUUCCCCGUCAUUGCCCUUUGACGAUGCAUCACACGCGCAAACCGACAGGUGGACGUGCGCCGGGUGCCGAAAAUAUGCCAAAGUUUGGGCUACUUCGUACCGCGGCGCCGUGUCCCUGAUUCGCAUACUUCGUCUCACGACGGGCCAAGUCUUCACCAUGUCUACGAGUUGCAAGCUACAAGACGACUCAAUAUUUCUAGACCAAUCCGCCUGCAGUGCCGAGUACCUGUUUGGCGGCCAGUGCGGCAGCGGAACUACACCAGACCCUGCCCUGAAAGCACGCGGCUCGCAACUGCGCAAUCUGCAGCUCAUUCCAGCAAGAGUCUUCCAGCUCACGGAAUGGGUGUACAAGCUCCUCUCAUCAGCAACCCAUACCCCAAACGGACGAUUCGACACAGCCGAGGUCAUGGCAGUGUAUACCGAGUGUCUCGAUUGGUACGAAGGAUUCUUCUCCCUACCCAAAACCGGCGGCAGUGACACCCCCUUUGUACUCUUUAUCCACAUGUACUAUCAGUUCUGCCUACUCUGCCUAUUCCGCCCUCUCGCCAACCUUGUCCUGGCUGAUUCCGACGUCCGACCCCGCGAAAUCUGUCUCCAGGCUGCGGACUCUAUCCUCACCCUGUCGCAGUCCUACAGCAGGCUCUUCACCCUUAGACGCGUCUCCCCAUUCGUCCCCUAUUUUUUGUCCUUGGCGACCAUCUCGGAUGUUUCAAGCGUGGACGGGUUUAGCACCUAUCAAGACGUGUCCCCUCCCCGACUGCCGCCAAAGUGCCCAUAA